AUGCUAACACAACUUUAUACAACUGAAGAGGAUCCGGCCUUGUGUUCGAUUAUAUGGGGUACAAAUUUCUCAGCAACGCCUGGUGUAAAUGAAAAUGACAGCAGUAGUGCUAUUACAGCAGCCUCAACAUCACAAAAUGCUGCUGCUGCCGCCGCGGCUGUUGGUGGCAUAAAUGAUAGUGUAGGUGGUGCUGGAGGUGUUGGUGUCAGUUCGGGUGGUGUUAUAGGUGAAGGUGGUGGCUAUAGAAGUGAUGUUAAUGCGGCUGUAGCUGCUGGAGCUGUAGGUGUCAUUGGUGAUAAUUUACGUGAUGAUCUUUAUAUUACAAAUGAGGAUCCACGUACCGAAGCAUUACGAGAAUAUUCAUACGGCAUAAUAUUGCCCAUCAUUUGUGCGCUUGGCAUCAUUGGCAAUGUACUCAAUCUUAUUGUAUUGACAAGACGUAAUAUGCGUGGUACGGCUUAUAUUUAUAUGAGAGCAUAUUCAACAGCUGCUUUAUUGGCCAUUGUCUUUGCUAUACCAUUUGGUAUACGUAUGUUGGUACACAAGGACCGAGGGCAAUGGGAAGAAUUUGGGCCAGCAUUCUAUACAGCACAUUUGGAACUAUUUUUGGGUAACGGUUGUUUAGGUGUAGGUGUAAUGAUGCUGUUAAUACUAACCAUAGAACGUUACGUGUCAGUGUGUCAUCCUAGUUUUACACGACCCGUAAUGGGUCCUCCUGGACUCAUUGUAUUCCUAACCACUAUGAUAACUUUUGUUAUCUACCUGCCGAGUGUAUUCCGUGGGGAACUUAUUAAAUGUGUUUUACAAACAGAUGGACGUUUUGUUUAUUUUCGUAGAGAUAAUAAUGCAUUUUUGAGAACAAUAUUUUAUUCGAUCUAUAAGGUUAUGCUGGAAGUGCUAUUUAAAUUAAUACCAACUGUUUUAAUAGCUGGUUUAAAUUUACGCAUUAUGAUGGUUUAUCGUCAAACUUGCGAGAAACGACGUAAAAUGACCUCGUCUAGAGCCUCAUAUAUAAAGGAUGCUGAAGAAAGAAGACUAUUUUUAUUGUUAGGUAGUACAUCUAUAUUAUUUUUGGUGUGUGUCUCACCGAUGGCAAUUUUACACAUGACAAUUGCCUCGGAAGUUUUGCCAAGUUUUUCAUUUCAGGUGUUUAGAGCAUUGGCAAAUCUAUUGGAGUUGACCAAUUAUUCGAUAACGUUUUACAUCUACUGUUUGUUUAGUGAAGAUUUUCGUAAUACUCUAAUGCGAACGAUCAAAUGGCCCUGGAUUAAAUCACAACUGUGUCAUCAGGUGGAUGAGGUCUCUGCUAAGCAAACACCUCUUAAUAAUUUUGAUAAAUUAACUUUGCGUAAUCAUCAUAUAACAACCACAUCGGGCGUAUGCACCGGCAUUGGCCGUUCCAGUAGCAUUUGAUGCAAAUUUGUUCUAAUACUCUAAUUAGUUUUAUUAGUUAAGUUAAAAGAAAUAAACUAUUUUUUAAAAUUCAAUAUGUACUUAUUAAAUACUAAAUAUUACAUUUAAAAGAAUACAUGUAAAAACUAAAUCUGUGUUCAUUGUUACAAAUUAAUAUGAAGAGAGUAAAAAUAUAUUUUACAGUAAUGGUAAAAGAAAAUGAAAAAAGUUUAUGUAAGAAUACUUAAUGAAAAUAUUUUGGGAAUUUACAAUUAUUUAUAAAAAUAACAAAAAAAAUAAAAGAAAAAUACAAACCAUAUUAAGUAUACUAUUUAAUAUAUUCAAAUAUGAAAUAUUAAUAAUAAUUUUAAAAAGUACAUUUUAUAAAAUGUGCAAUAAAACGGUACGCAAAUCGAAUAAUAAAAUACUACUCAACAAUAUCUCAUUUUAUAUGAACAUAACAGUUCUCUUUCGGCUCUAGUUCUGUUGUGUUCCAGUUCAGUUCUAGUUCUCUUCUAGUUCUGUUCUAGUUCUGUUGUAGUUCUUUUCUAGU